GAGUACAUGUCCCAGUCAUUUCCAUAAUUCAUCAUAAAUUGUGCAAGGGUGCUAUAGACGCACAAACGACCGCGAGCCACAAAUCAAGCACACAUAUCAAAAAACAAAUGAGCUCUUAUUUUGUAAACUCAUUUUGCGGUCGCUAUCCAAAUGGCCCGGACUACCAGUUGCAUAAUUAUGGAGAUCAUAGUUCCGUGAGCGAACAAUUCAGGGACUCGGCGAGCAUGCACUCCGGCAGGUACGGCUACGGCUACAAUGGCAUGGAUCUCAGCGUCGGCCGUUCGGGUUCCGGCCACUUUGGCUCCGGCGAGCGCGCCCGCAGCUACGCGGCUGGGGCCAGUGCGGCGCCCGCCGAGCCCAGGUACAGCCAGCCGGCCACGUCCACGCACUCGCCACCGCCCGACCCGCUGCCCUGCUCAGCGGUGGCCCCCUCGCCCGGCAGCGACAGCCACCACGGCGGGAAAAACUCCCUGGGCAACUCCAGCGGCGCCUCGGCCAACGCCGGCAGCACCCACAUCAGCAGCAGAGAGGGGGUUGGCACGGCGUCCGCAGCCGAGGAGGACGCCCCUGCCAGCAGCGAGCAGGCGGGCGCCCAGAGCGAGCCGAGCCCGGCGCCGCCCGCUCAGCCCCAGAUCUACCCCUGGAUGCGCAAGCUGCACAUUAGUCACGACAAUAUAGGUGGCCCAGAAGGCAAAAGGGCCCGGACGGCCUACACUCGCUACCAGACCCUGGAGCUGGAGAAAGAAUUCCACUUCAACCGCUACCUGACCCGCCGAAGAAGGAUCGAAAUAGCUCAUGCCCUUUGCCUCUCCGAGAGACAAAUUAAAAUCUGGUUCCAAAACAGGAGGAUGAAGUGGAAAAAAGAUAAUAAGCUGAAAAGCAUGAGUAUGGCCGCGGCAGGGGGGGCUUUCCGCCCCUGAGCAUCUGAGCGGCCAAAGUACUGAGCAGUAGUAGCCGGGCAGCUCUCUGUAGUGUCAGUACUAAGGUGACUUUCUGAAACUCCCCUUGUGUUCCUUCUGUGAAGAAGCCCUGUUCUCGUUGCCCUAAUUCAUCUUUUAAUCAUGAGCCUGUUUAUUGCCAUUAUAGCGCCUGUAUAAGUAGAUCUGCUUCUGUUCAUCUCUUUGUCCUGAAUGGCUUUGUCUUGAAAAAAAAAUAGAUGUUUUAACUUAUUUAUAUGAAGCAAGCUGUGUUACUUGAAGUAACUAAAACAAAAAAAAAAAAAAAAGAAAAGAGAAAAAAAAACUACACACACAAAAAGCCCCCCCACCUCGUUUAGUGCCAAUGUUGUGUGUUGCACUUGAGUUCUUUAAUGUGCAUGUACGUGGAAGUGUUCCUGUCUCAAUAGCUCCAAGCUGUUAAAGAUAUUUUUAUUCAAACUACCUAUAUUCCUUGUGUAAUUAAUGCUGUUGUAGAGGUGACUUGAUAAGACACAAAUUAACUUGUUCAACGUGUAGUGGCUAGUGGCUCUGUGACGAAAACUGUGACUCCAAGCGGUGUGUCCCUGCGUGCCUUUGUAGGACCCUUUGCACGAACUCUGGAAGUGGCUCUUAUAAGCGCAGCUUCAGUGAUGUAUGUUUUUGUGAAAAAGUUACAAAUAUUGUCCAAGUCUGGCUGUUUAAGCAAACUGUGAUCAGCUUUUUUUUUUUUUUGUAUUUGUUUUUAAGGAAAAAAAACACUGACUGGAAACAAAACAAAAUAAACUUUCUAUUGUAA